AUGUUGCAUAUUCAGCAGAAAAAAGGCAUAAAUAACUCACAUCACUUGUCAUGGUUGUUAAGCCGUCACAUUAAACUGUGGGUGUUUCUUUCGUUAAGGUGCAUCAAUACAAAAUUAUGUGCUAAAUUUUACACACAACCAUAUAUAACGCAUCAAUUAUUUUUUGAGCCAUUCCAAAAUGGGGAUCCUUUCGAAAAUCUUCCUAAAACCUUAAAUCCAUACACAGAGCUUAGAAGUAUUAUUGCCGAAAUUUGCAAAGUUUCGGUAUUAUGCUAUUCAUACAGGUCUAAAGUAAGUUUCAGAGCCUGGUAUCAGCUGGUUUAUGAUCUCGUAGUUCGCCAACGUAGACACUUAACUGUAAUGAGCCAGAUAUCAUGGACAGUAGGUACCGGUGACUGUGAAAAAAUAAUCCGCGAUCUCAUGCAAGAUUGGCUAUCUUUUAGGUAUGACAGCGCGAGUCCCCGAAAAAAAAGGAAGUUUUAG